AUGGAUUGGUUAACAGCUAUUGACGAACAUUGGCUACAUUCGUCUCCGUGGUUAAAAGAGAAAACAUCAUCAUACGCUUCAUUCGACGCUAGCUUUCGUGAUUACGCAUAUCCAGGAAUUGAUCAUCUGAUAUCAUCGAACGCAAUUGGCAAUAUGUUGGAUAUAUCUGAUUAUUAUUCAUCUUCAUCCUUUUAUUCAAAGCCAUUAAGGAGAAAGGGAUUUAGUCGUGAUUACGAGACGUUGAGUUGCAUUGGCAUUGGUGGCUUUGGUCGUGUAUGCGAAGGAAGACGAAAAUAUGACAAUGCAUCAGUCGUUAUCAAAUUUUUACCCAAACCAGCUAUUCUUAACUGGGGAUCAUUUGAAGGCAAACGUGUACCAUAUGAAAUUGAAAUAUUAUGGAGAUUACGAGGUGUACCCGGAGUAAUAAAAAUACUAGAACAUUUUGAAGAGAAAGAUCGAUUUAUAUUUAUAAUGGAGAAAAUACCGAGUAGUAUCACACUUUUUGAAUAUGUCAUGGAAAAUGGACCAUUGGCAAAUACUGAACUAUUGAAACAUAUUAUAGUUGAAAUAAUACGUAUUAAUAUUACAUUACAAAUGUACGGUGUAUGGCAUAGAGAUUGUAAACCAGAAAAUAUUCUCUUUUGUAUGAAUGACAGAUCAUUACGCUUUAUCGAUUUUGGAUCAGCAGCACCGAUGCAGUCAGGCGACUUUGGAGAAUUUCAGGGUACUUUGGAAAUUAUGGUUCCAGAAUGGAUAAUUCAACGUCGUUAUAGUGGUGAAGCAGCAUGUGUAUGGACCAUUGGCAUAUGUUUAUAUUUUUUAUUAUUUCAACAAUAUCCUUUUCGUUCCAAAAGUGAAAUCAUGAAUGGACGAAAUUGGUUAUCGUUUGUUAGUAGUACGGAUAAACAGGCUAUGCAUACAUUAAAACUAUGUUUAAGUUUUAAUGAAAAUCGACGCCCACGUUUAAAUGAGCUACAACAACUUUCAUGGCUAGCAACUGCAUAA